AUGUCUCUGCUUCCUUCAACACCCAUGAAGGCACCGGGGUCAGCCGAACAUGCUGAAAACGCUGAUGUAGAGAAAUUCCCCACAGAUGAUGCCGGUAGUUUUAUUGGCAAUAUUGUUGAACAUGGCGGCGUGACACACAAUCCAUUACGUGAUAUUGAUCGUAAUCAUUUAUUACGAAAUGUUAACCGUUAUGUUGAUGAGCACGGUUUUCAAGAUGACAGAGAAUACUUCGUCCGAGGUGCUAUUCUAGCACAGACUGGCGAAACUGAGCACCUCUUCGAGGAAGAAGCGAGGUACAUUGAGAGAGAAAAGACUCACAGGUGGGAUCAACCAAAGACUCUGUACUAUCUUUGUAUUCUCGCUUCAAUGUGUGCAAUCGUGCAGGGAAUGGAUGAGAGUAACUCCAACGGAGCGCAAAUAUUUAUGUUCAAAAAACAAUAUUUAAAUCUGGAGACAGGAGCGGGGGUUCCAAAUUCCGAUAGGAAUGCCUGGUUGCAAGGUCUCGUUAUUGGCGCCCCAUACCUUUGUUGUGCUGUUAUUGGUUGUGCUCUCACAGAACCCUUGAACAAUUUACUCGGUAGAAGAGGUGUAAUUUUUGUGUCUUGUCUCAUUGCUGCUAUUGCUUCAAUCUGGGAAGCUUUCACAUAUUCCUGGGUGCAGAUGUUCCUUGCUCGCUUACUUCUAGGUCUCGGAAUUGGUCCAAAGUCAACCACUACUCCUAUUUACUCGGCUGAAUGCGUGCCUGCUCCCAUUAGAGGUGCCCUCGUUAUGAUGUGGCAGAUGUGGACUGCCUUCGGUAUUAUGCUCGGUUACAUUGUGGGUGUCGCAUUUAUGCCAAACGGUUCAACCAUCACCGAGAACAUGGCAUGGAGACUCAUGAUGGGUUCCACAGUGGUUGCACCUGUUUUUGUUUGUCUGCAAGUGUACUUUGUUCCUGAGUCGCCUAGAUGGUACAUCCGGAAGAAUCGUCAUGAUAAGGCUUUCCAGAGCUUACUACGACUUCGUAACACCAAGGUCCAGGCCGCCCGCGAUCUCUACUACAUGCAAAUAAUGAUUGCCAUCAAUGAGGAACUUAACAAGGAACAUAAUGCUUUGUUUGAUAUUUUCGCUGUUGGAAGAAAUCGUAGAGCUCUAUAUGCUUCACAAAUUGUCAUGUUCAUGCAACAAUUUUGUGGUGUCAAUGUUAUUGCUUAUUUUUCUUCAACAAUCUUCCUUCAAGCAGGUUUUUCACAAACUUCUGCUCUGUUAGCAUCUAUGGGUUUUGGUAUCAUUAACUUUUUAUUUGCCAUUCCUGCUAUUUUUACCAUCGAUACCUUCGGUAGAAGAUCGUUAGCUCUGUUCACUUUGCCGUUCCUUGCACUAUUCUUAUUCUUCACCGGAUUCUCUUUUUACAUCCCAUCUACAUCUACUGCCCAUAUUGCCUGUAUCGCCCUGGGUAUUUACUUGUACGGAAUUUUCUAUUCUCCAGGCAUGGGCCCCGUUCCUUUCAGUUAUUCUGCUGAAGCAUUCCCCUUACAUGUCCGUGAUAUUGGUAUGUCCAUGGCUACUAUAACUCUUUGGGGAUUCAAUUUCAUUCUUUCAUUAACAUGGCCUUCCCUUCUAAAGAGACUUGGAGCUCCUGGGGCUUUUGGAUAUUAUGGUGGAUGGAAUAUAGUUGGCUUUUUCUUGGUUUUCUUCUUUGUGCCAGAAACUAAAGCUCUCACUUUGGAGGAAUUAGAUAUCACAUUCAGCGUCCCUACUGAGAGAUUUGUUGCCUAUCAACUGAAGUAUUUGCCUUGGAACAUUAAAAAACAUCUUUUAUUCCAAAAGAAUCUUCCGGAGAAGAAGCCACUUUAUGAACUAUAUUAG